GUACUGGACUUUGUGCUGCGACUGGAAGUGGAUAAGGGGUGUAGAUUGAGGCCGCAUGUGGUAUUGAUCCUUGUCAAUUUCAAAGCCGCUUCGACAUCGGUGAAUGCUUCUUUUCUCUCAGAGAAUUAUUACAUGGCACUCGCGCUUCUUCAGAUCCACCUUCAGGCCUGCGUCGCUCAGGUGUCCAAAAAUAUUCUUGAUGUAGGUCUUGUGGUCCUCCAAAUAUGUAACGUUAUUCAAGUAUUUGGGAAGUGGUAUGGCCAGGCUGCAUCAACAUCUUCUCCUCCCGGUGACCGGCAUGUGUGGUUGGUCUCGUCGAUGCGCGUUCCGCUCUAUGUAUGCCUCUUUCCGAAGCAGUUGUUGUUGGUAAAUGGCGGGCAAGGGGCGGGGAAUGCAGAAUCUGCGAGGCUCCUUCCUAAGGCUCAUGUUACUGACCCGGACGGAUCAAGGAAGGCUUUGGUCAUAGCAUCGAACUUCUUGCCCAAGGAAACGCCGCGAAGCAUGAAUCUCUUCUCGAUCGAGGUCGUCUCUAUUGUCCUCGACCUCGGUGAUCAGAUAUCUACCUCUACGGCUAAGUACCCCGAACUUCGGAUAUCGAUGUCUCCAGAUUCGGCGUAG